UGUUGACUUAGCAGCGCCGUUGGAAAAUGAAAGAAGCCGAGACAGUUGGCCAUAUCUUUUUCAUCAUAGCAACUUUCCUUGCACUUGGCAGGUCUCAUUGUCUCGCUCUCUUAAAGUGAAAACAUUCUCGCUGUUUAUUAAAAUUCAUAAACACUUCAACUGUAGGAAAAAUCGCGUACGCUAAAACAGAUUCUGCUGCUGUUGUGUCCAUCGCGUUUCAGCCACAUUCUCGAGUCCCGAAUAAUUUUUUGGAGAAAAUAAGUUUUUGUUUAAAUUUUACUCAAACCGUGGUUUUGGUCAAAUAUUUAAAGGAACAAUUACGUCUCCGGCCUUUUGGCGCUUUCUUCCUUUGCCGUGCUUAGUAUCGCUGGAAAAGCCAGCAACAUCCUCCCAAAAAAAAAUUUCAUAUUUCGCGUUUGAUAUAAUUUCUGCAUCAGCUAUUUUAUUGAUUGCCAUAACUGUUUUUUGUAAAUUGAGAAUGUUUCUUAGGAUCGUUGGCAGUAGUUACAGUUACGAAAUCGGAUCAUAUAUCGGAAGCGAAGGGAAUGGGACGGCAUACAAAGCUUUGAUAAAGGAUCGUGGUGAUCUUACUGGAAGCGGAGAAUCAGCAGUAAAAGUUAUACACUCGCAUUACCAAGAUUGGGUAGAACUUGAACGACUUGAACGAACGAGGGUGCCUAGAAUGAGAAAACUGUUGGAAUUAGAUCAUCCUUAUUUGGUAAAGUGCCACAAGAUAACCUUUGAGCGAAAAGACGACAGUCGCUUUGCCGUUGAACUGCUCAUGGAUUACUUUGCCGAUUAUACAUGGUGAUUUAAAGCCGGCAGUGUUUACGGUGACUUUAUGCGUCAACAGCAUAGAUCGAAUCACUGCAAGCGAACUUCUUAAAGUGCUGAAAAACCGCCCAGCCAGCUCGGUUACCAAUGGAACCUAUGGUACUCUAUUGGAACUUAUUGGAACCGUUGGAACUACUGUACAUCGUUUAUCUGCGACCUGAUGUGAUACCUAUGGAACCUAUGGAACUCUAUGGGAACUUAUUGAAACUGUUGAUACUACUGUACAUCGUUAAUUGCGACCUGAUGUGACACCAGUGGAACCUAUGGUACUCUAUUGGAACUUAUUGGAACCGUUGGAACUACUGUACAUCGUUUAACUGCGACAUGAUGUGGCACCAGUGAAACCUAGGGAUCUAUAUGGGAACUUAUUGGAACUGUUGGUACUACUGUACAUCGUUUAAUUUGCGACCUGAUGUGACACCAGUGGAACCUAGGGAACUAUAUGGGAACUUAUUGGAACUGUUGAUACUACUGUACAUCGUUUAAUUGCGACCGGAUGUGACACCAAUGGAACCUAUGGAACUCUAUUGGAACUUACUGGAACAUUUGGAACUACUAUACAUUGUCUCACUGCGACAUGAUGUGACAGAGUUUCUGUUCCAACAGUUCCAAUAAAUUCCCAUAAGGUUUCAUAGAUUCCACUGGUGGCAAACGAGGGCGCAGUGAGACGAUCCACAGUAGUUCCUUUGGGUUCCAUUAGCGCUACACUUGUUACACUAUUGUCGCCAAAGAACAAUGUAAGAACAUUUGCAGCAGUGGAACUUAUGGAACCAGUGGAACUACCGGAACUAAUGGAACUUUAAUGGCCCUUCUUACCCUAAACGGGUUAAUCUUUGUUUGGAUGAACACAACCCACAUUUCAUUGAAAACUGGUCAAAGCGGCGCAAUCCACUGGUGAUAUUAGACAGUUAGCGCCAUCCAAGCCUAGUUGCAAUCCAUAAGUUUAAAGUUGUCAAACCACCCAAAGGAGCGCCUCAUACUGAUCUAAUGAUGGAUCUCUGUGACGGCAAUUUGCAUGAGCUGUUCCAACGAUCAAGAAGCGACACUUCCUCUUCGGAGCCAUGCCUUCACUUUUCCACAGCUAUUCGCUACGCAUCGGAUAUCACUAGAGGCGCAAGCUUUUUGCACCACAACAAAAUCAUCCACGGUGACCUUAAACCCUCAAAUAUUCUGGUGAAAGCACUACUGGGUAGCAAGCCGCCACAAGAUGCUGCUUAUCGCCGAUCUGGAUGAGCCAGUAAUUGGAACCGACACGUCCUUUGAUGAAAUCACAAGCUUCCAUGGAACAAUUCAUUAUCAACCUCUGGAAAUGCUUAAAAGAUUAGUAAUACAUUCACAGGACAACAUUGCAGUUUCGGGACGGAAAGCCGACAUUUGGAGCCUGGGUUGCGUAAUUCUGGAGCUGGGAGGUUCUGUUCUUAAAAAUGAUGAGAAAUGGUUGGAAAAAAGCGACUCAGGGCAGUACGAGAAAAUCCUGGCAGGAAGUAGCAUGACGAGAGUCGAAUACAUGUUGAAACGGUUGGACGGUUUUGUUCCAUUCGUUUCCGGUUUGAUUCCAGGAUAUCUUACGAGCUGCAUUCGACGGUGCUUGUCUCCAGAUAGCGAACAGCGACCUUUGGCGAAACAGUUGCUGUUGCAUUUAGAGGAAGCUGAUAAGGAACUGGUUGUCAUAAUAAAGAGCCAUCAGAAAAGUCAGUUUUCGAAAGUCCUAAUGCAGUCGUCUGAGCCGCUGACUGGAGCAUUUCAACCGUUGUUAUGCGAGAGUUUUGGAACACAAGUAUUUCUACCAUGGUUUCAUCCAAUUCAAAGCGAAGUCACGGUAACUGGGGACUUAAGUCACAUUCGGGGAAGUGUUCGCUACAUGUCACCGGAGAUGAUUAAGUUCGCUGGAUUAGAAACACGCAAUGUUGGGAGAAAAACAGACAUCUGGAGUUUGGGGUGCAUUUUGCUUAAACUUGCCCAGCUAACCGUGUCAACCGAUCGCAAUGGUUACUUGAGAAGGACGGACAUUUUCUGA